AUGCUGCUCGUCGAGUGCAUCCACGUUUACCUGGCAGUUUUCGCAUGGUUCAGACUAGUGACGAAUGUCAACUUACGCACUGCUAUGGGUGCCCAUUUCCACAUUUUGGAUGGCUUGGAAGGCUACUUCAGCAACCUCUUCCUAUUUGGAUCGACUGCGGCCACGUCGGUUCAUCUGCCCAACGUCACUGAUACCUUCUUCCUUGGCCAAGAGCAGCGAACAAAGCCGACGAUCCUUUACAAUGGCUCUACGCUCACGCUUCCGCCUACAUACAUCGACGGUCUGGUUGCUGCCGCUUGGCGGUGCCUCGUUGGUGCUUCUGCACUCGGUCUUGCUUGCCAGACGGACCAACUGGAUGUCCUCCGCGGAAGUGUUCUGAGUGGCUUGCUGCUCUUGUUCGCAUUGGAGCCUGGUUGCUAUUGA